UGGAGGGCAGGGAGAGAAGCCAUAACACUGUGCACAUGAUGGACGACCUCUGAGACUCGACAUUCAGCAUACAGCUAAGUUUAGACAAGACGAGAGACAAACGCAUUUGUCCCAGAUAUGAGUGACUCACUGUGGGCACGAAGGAAGGCUACAGCAAAGCGCCCUGGCAACACAAGGACUGGAAUCGGAGGGAGGGGGGUUCCGAGGUUCAAGUCGGGUCCGGUUACACCAAAAAGGUGGUCUGGCUUUCCCGGAUAACCUCUUCUCAACACCCCACCCCCGCCUCUUUCGCUCUGAUCAGUUUACUGUUGUUUUUUUUCUCCAGGGGAUCACUGAAGCGAGGGCUUCAGCUCAAGUGAACUCACUGUUUGGGACUUUGUCUUGAAAGUCGCAGCUGUUGGGUUGACCGCAGACGCCAAAUAAUUGCGUGGAUUCCAUUGGAACCUUGUCGGAGUGACGCGCUUCUAUGUUAUAGUUAAACAUUGUUGAGUGUUUUAUUUCAUUAUUUUUUUUUGUUUUCUGGUACCGCUACUUCGCUAAGGUUACCAGUACAUUCCAGAACGAAUACGUCCUUAUUUAUCACAGCACUGCAAAGGUUUUACUUUAUUUAUAUAUUCAUUUCUCUCCGGUUUACCCUCCGAUGCUGUAAGGCGAUGGGUUGCCUCUGGACUUUAUGGUGCGGGCUUGCGCUGGUUUUUACGCACUGCUGUUGUCCUCACGCCCUCGCUCUGCCCCGGCUCGGCUCGGACCCCAGCCCGGCUGAAGGUGCUUCUAGCCUGGCUUUCGUGUUCGAUGUGACCGGCUCCAUGUACGAUGAUCUCCAGCAGGUGGUGGAAGGUGCGUCCGGAAUCCUGGAGAAAUCUUUGAGCCGGAGGAGGAGACCCAUUCAGAACUUCGUCCUCGUACCUUUCCACGACCCAGAGAUUGGCCCCGUAUCGAUCACCACUGACCCUGAGCAGUUCCAGCGGGACCUGAGGGAGCUGUUUGUGCAGGGAGGUGGGGACUGCCCUGAAAUGAGCGUGGGUGCCAUCAAGAAGGCUCUGGAGGUCUCCUUCCCAGGGUCUUUCAUCUACGUGUUCACUGACGCCCGGGCCAAGGACCACCGGCUCAAACAGGACGUCCUGCAGCUGGUACAGCUCAAACAGUCCCAGGUGGUGUUCGUGCUGACGGGAGACUGUGGCGAUCGCUCCCAGCCGGGGUACAAGGCCUAUGAGGAGAUCGCAGCCACCAGCUCCGGACAGAUCUUCCAUCUGGACAAGCAGCAGGUCAACGAGGUGUUGAAGUGGGUUGAAGAGACGGUCCAGGCUAUGAAGGUCCACCUGGUCUCCACUGACCACGAGAGCGGAGAGGAGAACGAGUGGUCAGUGCCCUUCGACCCCAGCCUGAAGGAGGUCACUGUCUCGCUGAGCGGCCCUGAGCCGGAGAUUGAACUUCGGGAUCCCUUCGGCAGGAGGGUUGGGAAGGAGCUUGGCCUGACCGAGCUGCUGAACAUCCCCAACUCAGCUCGUGUGGUCAGUGUGAAACACCCCCGGCCGGGCACCUGGACACUGAAGGUGCGCUGCAGCGGCCGACACACCCUGCGGGUCACAGGGGUCAGCCCACUGGACUUCAGGGCCGGCUUCUCCAGCCACCCCACCAGAGACUUUGCACAGACCAGAGAGCGGCCCGUUCAAGGCAUCCCCGCCCAUGUCCUGCUGAACUGCACUGGUCUGAGCCCCCCAGGUCACGUGUCUCGGAUGGAGCUGCUGUCGGCUUCGGGGCGCUCUCUCCGGGCCCUCUCUGUGCUGCGGCCCCCUGACCGGGGCUCCAGCGGCCUCUGGAACAUCCCGGAGUUCCGCUCGCCCUCGGAGAGCUUCUUCCUGAAGCUGAACGGGAAGGACAAGGACGGCUACAGCUUCCAGAGGCUGUCCUCUGUGUCCUACACCAACAUCAUUCCAGACCCUCCUGCUGUGAGCAUGCCCAGUAGGAUCCAGGGUUACUACCUGCAGCCGGCUGUGAUUGGCUGCUCUGUGGAGAGCUCCGCCCCCUUCAGGCUGCGCGUCACCGGGAGGGGCGGGGCCAGGCUGGGGGAGGAGCGAAUCUUUCAGGGCUCCGCCAACACCACCUGGGAGAUUCCCAAAGUCUCCGGAAAGGAUGAGGGAUUCUAUGAGUGUGUCGCUAGCGGCAACGCCGGAAUGGGCCGAGCUCAGACCUACCUCUCCGUUAGCGAGCCUCCCCCUGCUCUGGAGCUCCCCCGCAAUGUGACAGCUCCCCCUGGUGGCGUGGCGGUGCUGUCGUGCCAGGCGGGAGGCAGCGUGAGGUACAACCUGACGUGGCAGAGGGGAGGGGAGGAGGUGGGGGGCUGGACGGGCAGGGUAAGGAUCCUGAGCAACUCCUCCCUAGAGAUCGACCCCGUGACCCCCCAGGACGCUGGGCAGUACCACUGUGUCGCCAGCAACGACCAGGGAGAGAGUCGGGCUGCAGUGUGGCUGCUGGUGCCAGAGCCCCCUCAUGUGCAGGUCUCCCCCCAGACUCAAACCUUCUUGCGGGGGGCAGAGGUACGGGUCGCCUGCACCGCAGCGGGGUCCCCCACACCCCAAAUCUUCUGGAGGCACGGAGACACCUUUGUUACACACAGCGGCAGAACCUCAGCGUCUGAGCGCGGCAUCCUGAUCAUCAAAGACGCAGCCCCAGAGCAUGCUGGGAGCUACACCUGCCUGGCGUCCAAUGAUGUUGGAACUGACAUGCAGAGCGCCACACUCAGCUACACCGAGACCCCCUCUAUCACAGUGCUGAACCGCACAGUGCUGGUGGCUGCCGGAGAAGAAGCCAUCUUGGAAUGCAAGGCCGCGGGAGUCCCGCCCCCCCUGGUCACAUGGUACAAAGGGGACCUGCUGGUGGGGACCCUGCCCCUGGUGGAGGAGGAUGCCCGGCGCGGGACCCUGCGGAUCGGGGGGGUGCAGGAGAUGGACGCGGGGGAGUACAGCUGUGUGGCCAGCAGCCAGACCGGCACCUCUUCUGCCAUGGUGGUCUUGAAUGUGGGCGCCCCCCCUGAGUUCUCGGAGACCCCCGCUGACGUCACGGUGGAGGUGGGUCAGAACGUGACGCUGGCGUGCUCCGCUCGGGGGUACCCGGCUCCGCAGGUCACAUGGCAGAGGCAGGACGGCGAGCCUCUCUACAUCAAACCAGACUCGCUCAGCAACGUGUUCCAGCUGGAGACCGGAGCCCUCCUCAUCGAGAGCGUGUGGCUGGACGACGAGGGCCUGUAUGUGUGUGAGGCUCAGAACCAGUUUGGGUUGAUCCGCACCGAGGUCCGGAUCACUGUCACUGGGCUUGAGCCCCCCCUGCUGGCUGAGGUUGCCCCGGUGAUCAGCACUCUGAUUGGCCGCUCCCUGACCCUCUCCUGCGUGCUAUUGGAUGGCAACCCGCCACCCAAGAGACACUGGACCCACAACGGACAGCCUGUGAGUGUGAGCUCCAGGGUCUCGCUGCAGAGCGAUGGCAGCCUCUAUAUUGACAAGGUGUCUCAGGAGGAUGCUGGGAUAUUCGUAUGCAGGGCUGUGAACCUGGCCGGUUCGGCCAACGUCUCCAUCGCUGUCAGCAUCCCCGCGGCGCCCACUAUCAGCUCUGGCCCCUCCCACUACAUCACCAACGAGGGCGUGGCUGUUACCUUGUCAUGUGACUCCACCGGGGAGCCUAAACCGACCACCGUCUGGUCAAAGGGCAGGGAGGCCAUUCGCUGGCACAGCUCGCGGUACCGCGCGGACGCCAGCGGGAGUCUAAUGAUCCCCAGUCCGGGCGCGGAAGACUCUGGUGUCUACGUGUGCACUGCUACCAAUCCGGCGGGGUACGCCAGCAGGGAGAUGCAGCUCAGUGUGAACACCAAGCCCAGGAUUGGAGGAGGGAGGAACCUGACCGAGCCAAUCAGAAUCUCAGCAGCGGUGGGGUCAGAGGUGACGCUUCCUUGUGAGGUGCAGGGAAGCCCCACCCCCUUAGUGACCUGGAGCAGAGACGGAUACCCCGUCCCCCCAAUCACAGCACGGUUCACAGUCCUGUCCUCUGGGUCUCUGAGGGUCAGUGAUUCCAGAGUGACCGACAGCGCGGAGUAUAAAUGCUCUGCGGUCAAUCCUGCUGGGAAGACCAGCCUCACCUACAGACUGCAUGUUCAAGUCGCGCCCAGAAUCCAGCUAGUGCCCCGCCUCCUGAAGGCUGUGAUUGGUCAGGAGCUCACUCUGCCAUGUGAGGCCUAUGGAGAGCCCGCCCCUCAGAUCAGCUGGUUCCGGAACGGGGCCCCCGUGGGGGAGGGGGGGUCCCUGAUUAUCAGAGAAGUCGCACACUCGAGCGCGGGGGUAUACCACUGUGUGGCGCUCAAUAGCGCCGGACAGGAGGCCCUGGAGGUGACCCUGGAGGUCUUGGAGCCCCCGUCCUUUGCCGAUGUUGGUGAUGUCAUCGUAGAGGAGCUAGAGAAGAAGAGGGUGACUCUCCCCUGUCCUGUGCAAGGUUCACCCACCCCUGCGGUACGCUGGUUUAAAAACGGACUGGAGCUGUCCGACAGCCAAUCAGGACUCUCCACUCGGGAGGACGGAUCCCUCGUGAUUGGCUCAGCCAAAACCAGUCACAGCGGAGAGUACAAAUGCAUAGCGACCAAUGAGGCGGGGUCUGCCGAGAGGAGAAGCAGGCUGAGUGUGAACGUCCCUCCAGAGAUCCAGGAGGAUGGGCAGCCCUUGAACCGGACCGUCUCCCUCCACCAGUCCCUGACCCUGGGCUGCGAGGCCUCGGGGACCCCCUCCCCAGACAUCACCUGGCUCAAGGAUGGCCAACCAAUUCCGGAGUCCUCUGGGAUUUGGAUGCGGAAUGGGGGCGGGACUCUCCGAAUCCUCCGGGUCCGAAUGGAAGACGCGGGGCGGUACUCCUGCAGAGCUGCCAGCAAGGCCGGGGAAGCAGAGAGGCGCUUCCACGUGAGGGUGCAAGCUCCUCCGGUGAUCUCCAGGACGGGAGGCACCCAGGACUUGUCUGUGACGAUCGGCCAGGAAGUGGAGUUCCACUGUCGGGUCAGCGGGCUUCCCCUUCCCCUCAUCGAGUGGAGCAAGGAUGGAGAGGUGCUGUCCCGCCAGGGUGACCCCCACGUGCUGUUCUCCGAGCAGGGUCAGGUGAUGAAGGUGAAAUCGGCCCGACUGAGGGACCAGGGCAGGUACCAGUGUCUGGCCAUCAACGCGGCUGGAAAGCAGGCCAGGGACUUCAGACUCACUGUGCACGCCCCUCCCAGUAUCCGCGGAGACGGCGAGAGGUCGGAGGUGUCAGUGGUGCAGGGCAAUCCCACAGUCCUCUCCUGCGAGGCUGAGGGAAUGCCUGCCCCCAGCAUCACCUGGCUGAAGGAGGGCCGUCCAAUCGUGUCGAGCGCUCGGGUGAGCUAUGGUGACGGGGGGCGGGCACUGCUGCUGGGGGCGGUCCGGGACGAUGACGCAGGACUCUACACCUGCCGCGCCUCCAACUCCGCGGGGUCCUCUGAGAGGAGCUACUCACUCAGGGUGCUGGUCCCUCCCCAGAUCGAGGGUGACGAGUCGGGGGCGCCGAGUGCCGGUUCCAGGGAGGUGAAGGUGCGGGUCAACUCCUUGCUCUCCCUGUCCUGCCAGUCCAGAGCCUUCCCAGCCCCCACCACACAGUGGUACAAGGAGGGCCAGCGUGUGGAGAGCGCCCCCGGUGUUCAUAUCGAGGAUGACGGGCGGUCCCUGAGGAUGGAGAACGCGCAGCUCUCCGACGGGGGGCGCUACACCUGCGUGGCGUCCAACACAGCGGGGGAGGAUAGGAGGGACUUCCACGUCAGCAUUCAGGUGCCCCCGGUGUUUCAGCGGGUGAACGGCGGGCCGGCAGCCUGGGAGCUGGGUGAACGGGAGGAGGAGGAGGAGGAGGAGGAGGAGGAGGAGGAGAUGACAGACCUGCGUGAGGUGGUGCUCAGCAGCCCGGUGUCCCUGUCCUGCGAGAGCAACGCCAUCCCUCCACCGCGGCUGAGCUGGCACCGCGACGGCAAGGAGAUCUCCAACAACGACCGCGUGCGGCUGCUGCCGGGGGGGCACGUCCUGCAGAUCCCCAGGGUGCGAGUGGAGGAUGCUGGCAGAUACACGUGCCAGGCGGUGAACGAGGCCGGCGAGGACAGGAUGCACUAUGAGCUGGUGGUGCUGGUGCCCCCGGAGAUCCACGACGAGGCUGGGGAGUUUGUGGAGGAGGUAGGGGUCGUCGUGAACAGCACGGCCCAGCUGAGGUGCAAGGUCUCCGGGAGCCCCGCGCCGGCGAUCUCCUGGCUCAAGGACGGCCUGCCUCUCUACAACAGCCCCAGACACCAGAUCCUGGAGGAGGGCAUGCUGCUUCAGAUGACUGCAGUGCAGCUGACUGAUACGGCUGCAUACGUGUGUCUGGCAGAAAACAAGGUGGGCUCCACGGAGAGGCUGUACAGUGUGACAGUGCAAGUUCCGCCGAGGAUCGUGGGAUUGAACCCGGAUAAAGCCAGCGUUCUGGAGGGUCACAUGGUCUCUCUGAUGUGUGAUGUACAGGCGUACCCCUCCCCCGAGAUCACAUGGUCCAGAGAAGGGCGCCCGCUGGAGUUCAGCACAGGCAUGCACAUCCUACCAGGUGGUCAGAUGCUCCAGAUCUCCAGAGCAAGGCUCUCCGACGCAGGACGGUACGAGUGCACAGCGAUAAACCCGGCGGGACAAGACCAGAAACACAUCGAGCUCAGCGUUUACGCCCCACCCACCCUGAAGCCCCGCCCCAGCCCUGAUCAAGACGUUCUGAAUCCCAGUGCCGGAGCUUCGAUCACCCUACACUGUGAAGCAGAGGGUGUGCCCGAACCCGAAGUCACCUGGUACAGGAACGGGCUGCAGCUGGAGCCAGGAAAUGGGCUGCAGACAUCGCAGCACGGGCUAGAGAUCCAGGAAGUGCAGGUUGUCGACAGUGGACUCUACACCUGCAGGGUCUCCAAUCUCGCUGGACAAGUGGACAGGACCUUCCGGCUGAGCGUGCGCGUCCCUCCUGCUGUCGACGAGCCCUUCCAGCAGAGCCUCAAUCGAACCCUGGGCACUCCCAUCACCCUCCUCUGCGAGGCCACAGGGGUCCCGCCCCCCAGCAUCACCUGGCUGAAGGAUGGCACCCCCAUUGAGAACAAUGCGGAGUGGCGCUGGAUGUCUGGAGGCAGCAGGCUGGAGCUGGGCCCAGUGCAGCUCUCCCACGCUGGGAUCUACACCUGCCUGGCCAGGAACACGGAGGGAGAGACACGGCGGCACUACACUCUCGCUGUGCAAGUGCCCCCCAGCAUCGUGGGCUCCAGCCUGGCCACAGACCUCAGCGCGGCAGCCAGCGAGGAUGUGACCUUGGAGUGCCUGGUGAGGGGCUCCCCCAAACCGGAAGUGACCUGGCUGAAAGAUGGGGCUCCCCUGGCCCUGACUGACCCCCAGCACCUCCAGCUGUCCCAGGAUGGGGGCUCACUCAGGAUCCUGGGGCUCCGUCCUGCAGACUCUGGGAUGUACAGCUGCCUGGCUGAGAACAGCGCUGGCCAAGAGACCAAGAUCUACACCCUCACUGUGCUGGUGCCCCCUUCAGUGGGCAGUGUCCCUGCAGAACCAGAGGAGGUGACCGCAGUCCAGGGUGGAUCGGUCAGCCUCGAGUGCCGGGCCACAGGGACCCCCCCUCCGCAGAUCAGCUGGCUGAAGAACGGGCUGCCCCUGCCCCUCUCCCCCCGGACACAGCUCCUCUCUGCGGGCACGCUGCUCAGGCUCUCCCAGGCUCAGAUCCCUGACUCGGGGGUCUACACCUGUGUGGCGAGGAGCCGGGCUGGGGCAGCAGAGCUCAGCUACAGCCUGCAGGUGCAGGUCCCCCCCGCGGUGGAGCGCACGGAGCCCCCGGAGCAGGUGACGGUGGUGAGUGGCUCUUCGGUGACGUUUACCUGCGAGGCCCGCGGCGUGCCCCCGCCCAGCCUGUCCUGGUUCAAGGACAGCCAGUCCCUGUCGCUGCACCGGAACCUGCUCUCCGACGGGCACGAGACCCGGCUGCACCUCCCCGCGGUCUCCCUGCCAGACUCCGGGCUGUACGCCUGCAUUGCUGCCAACCAGGCGGGCCGGAGCACCAAGCACUUCAAUCUCACUGUGCUGGAACCUCCCAAGAUCUCCUCCAGUGGAUCUCCACAGGAAGUGUCCGUCGCCCUCCACAGCUCUCUGGAGCUGGAGUGCAUCGCCAUCGGAACUCCCCCUCCCCGAAUCAGCUGGCUGAAAGAUGGGCGCCGCCUGGAGAGAGACGGGGUCCUCCACAGACAGGGGGAGCUGCUGAGGAUCCACAGGGUGCAGGUUGAGGACGCCGGACUCUACACCUGUCUGGCCAGCAGCAAAGCUGGGGAGGAUGGGAGAAACCACUGGGUCCAAAUUCAAGUUCCUCCCAAUAUCCUGGGCUCCAGUGAUUCCAAGUCCAUCACUGCGCUGGCAAACGGACAACUUACCCUGGAGUGCCAGUCUGACACUGAUCCCCCACCUGCCAUUCAGUGGUUCAAGGAUGAUAUCGCCCUGCAGAUGGACGCUCGUGUCCAGAGCCUUGCGGGCGGUCAGUUCCUGGAGAUCCAGGAGGUCAGUCCCUCGGACAGCGGUCAGUACAGCUGCGUGGCCACCAACAUCGCUGGGAGCAGCAGCCUGGUGUUCCUCGUCUCUGUGCACGUUGCACCGUUGAUUAAGGCUGGCUCCUCAUUGGUCGCAGCGAAUGUCAAUCAGCCAGCUCUGCUGCCCUGUGAGGUGGAAGGAUCUCCCUCCCCCACGGUCACAUGGAGGAAAGAUGGCAGCCCGAUAUCCCACAAGCACACAAGGUUUGAGUUCCUGUCCGAUGGCUCUUUGCGAAUCCGGGCAGCACAGAUCUCAGACACAGGGAGAUAUCACUGCACAGCUUCCAACCCAGCCGGCUCAGACCAUCGCGGGAUUGAUCUGGUGGUUCACGUUGCCCCCUCGAUCCAUGCCGGGCCGGUCAAUGUGACUGUGACGGCCAGCGUCCGGGCGUCCCUCAACUGUGAGACCACCGGCAUCCCCCGACCCCAGAUCACCUGGAUGAAGAACGGGGUACCCCUGAACUUUGACCUCCAGUGGAGCGCGUACAGGCUUCUGUCCUCGGGCUCCCUGGUCAUCACCUCUCCGACCAAUCAGGACGCGGGUCAGUUUGAGUGCACGGCAACCAAUGAGGCUGGAGAGGAGCGCAGGGUGAUUGAGGUCACAGUCCAAGUCCCUCCGUCCAUCGCGGACGACUCUUCUGACGUCACGGUCACUGCGAUGUCCCCCGCUGUCCUCUCCUGCCACGCCACUGGUCAGCCGGAGCCAGAGGUCAGCUGGACAAAGGGUGGAGCCAAGCUGGGCAACAGAGGGGGCAGCUACAGGGUCCUACCCACAGGAACUCUCGAAAUCACUGCUGCUGUCCCGAGCCAUGCUGGGAGAUACACGUGCUUCGCUCGCAACGUGGCCGGCGUGGCUUAUAAACACGUGACACUCGCCAUCCAGGAGCCCCCAGUGGUGAGGCCGAUGGCAGAGGCCGUGGAGGUGGUGUUGCAUCAUGGGAUUGUUCUUCCCUGCGAGGUGGGGGGCUUCCCCCGGCCCUCCAUCACCUGGCAACGAGAGGGCGUCCCAGUAGCAACAGGAUCCAGACUGACGGUACGCCCCAGUGGUGCCCUGCAGUUCUCCCGAGUGACAGCAGGGGACGCCGGUGUCUACCUGUGUGUGGCUCAGAACGAAGCGGGUACAGCGCUGGGCAAGACCCGGCUCAUUGUGCAAGUUCCUGGAGGUUAUUCUAAUUGGAUGGAAUGGAGCCCAUGCAGUGUCACCUGUGGACAGGGAGUCCAGGAGCGAAUCAGAUUGUGCAACAAUCCUGUGCCAGCCAAUGGGGGCGGGCCGUGUGAGGGGCGGGACAGGGACUCAAGGAGCUGCCAGACUGCACGGUGCCCUGACGCCGUUCCCCUGAGAGCGAGGGGCAGUCUGAUCGGCAUGAUCAACGAGAGAGAGUUCGGGGUGGCGUUCCUCGAGGCCAACGUGACAGAGAGCGAGGAGGAGGGGAGUAGCACUGUGCGGGCGAGCAUUGAGAACAUCCCCUAUACUGUAGGUCCCCUGAUGCGAGUGCUGGUCACUGUGUUCGCCCCUAUCUACUGGACCACAGCCUUUCAGACCGGUAUGUCCCGAAACGGCUUCUCCCUGACCCAGGGGGUGUUCCGACAGGAGUCCCAGGUGGAGUUUGGGACAGGCGAAGUCCUGCGGCUGACCCACGUGGCCCGAGGGCUGGACGCCGAGGGUGUGCUUCUGGUGGACAUUGUCAUCAACGGCUUCAUCCCUAAAACCAUGGCCGGAGCCCAGCUAGCCCUGCAGGACUUCAAUGAGUCGUACAUCCAGACCGGCGAGGGGCAGCUGUACGCCUGGUCCUCACAGCGCCUCCUAGUGGACGGGGCCCCUCUGACGCUGCGCUGUAACCACACCGUGGUGUUCGAGGGGGGGCGGGGACCCCUGCUGCAGCUCCUGAGAGUCCGCAGCUUCACAGGGAGCUACCGACACCGCAGCCAGGAGAUGAGCUUCCAGUUCAGCACCUCCCUGCGCACCGAUGGCAGUGGAGAUAGAUGUCCUGAGGGCUUUGUCCUUGAUUCAGCUUCCUACUGUGCAGAUGAGAAUGAGUGUGCCCUGGAGUCCCCUUGCUCCCAUUCCUGCCACAACUUCAUGGGCAGCUUCUCCUGCGCCUGUCCCAGCGGCUUCACCCUCGCACCCGACACCAGCACCUGUCAAGAUAUCGAUGAGUGCUCCCAGGGCACACACAUGUGCCACUACAACCAGCAGUGUGUGAACACUCCUGGGACCUACCGCUGCCUUGUUCAGUGCGGACCCGGGUUCAAACCCAAUCCCCAGGGUAACGGCUGCGAAGAUCUUAACGAGUGCAAGGAGUCGAUCGUCUCGCCCUGCCAGCAGCGAUGUCUCAACACCGCGGGCUCCUUCCGCUGCGCCUGUGAGGUCGGGUACCGGCUGGCUGGCAAGCGCUGCGAGGAUAUCAAUGAGUGCACUAUGAACGUGUGCCCAGCUCACCAGCAGUGCAGGAACACAGACGGGAGCUACCAGUGCAUUGACAGCUGCCCAGCUGGGAUGACUCAAGCUGGGAACGGAGCCUGCGUGGAUGUGGACGAGUGCGAGGACGGCACCCACACGUGUCGCUACAGCCAGGUGUGUGAGAACACGAUUGGAGGAUACCGCUGCAGCUGCCCCCGGGGUUACAGGUCACAGGGCGUGGGGCGACCCUGUCUCGACAUUGACGAGUGCCAGCAGGUGCCCAGGCCGUGUGCUUUCCAGUGCCGAAACGUGGCGGGCAGCUUCCGAUGCCUGUGUCCCUCUGGCGCCGCCCUGCUGGGGGACGGGCGGUCCUGCGCCGGGCUGGAGAGGGCGCGGAUCUCCCUCAACGCCACGGGCGUCCUGGCCAGGCUGCGGCCCCAGCUGGUCUCCUCACAGGGCGGGCCCUUCUUCACCAGAGUCCCCAUCCAGCCCCCCGACGGCCUGGCCCCCGCCCAGGGAGGCAGGACGGCCUGCCCGCGGGGCUACGCGCACAGGGGGGGCUCCUGCAUCGAUGUGGAUGAAUGUUUGCAGAGGAAGCCGUGCCAACACGACUGCAGAAACACGCAGGGCAGCUACCAGUGCACAUGCCCGUCGGGAUACCAGCUUCUACCCAACGGCAGGAACUGCAAAGAUGUGGACGAGUGUGUGGAACAGGGGGUGACCUGCGCCCCCAGCCAGAUGUGCUUCAACACCCGCGGGGGUCACCAGUGCCUGGAUACGCCCUGCCCGGCCAGCUACCAGCGAGGAGUGAGCCCAGGGUCCUGUAUCAGGAGCUGUUCCCUGGACUGCAGCCAUGGCGGCCCCCUCUCCCUGCAGUACAAGCUGCUGACCCUCCCCCUGGGCAUCCCGGCCAAUCACAACGUGAUCCGCCUCUCUGCGUUCUCCGACUCGGGCGUGCUGCAGGAGCACACGGUGUUCCGCGUGCUGGAGCAGGCAGGGGAGGUGGGGGGGCAGCUGUUCGGAAUCCGCGAGGAGGGGGGCCGCGGGAUUAUCUACACCCUCCGGGCCCUGCAGCACGGGGGGCUGGCCCAGCUCCGGGUGCAGGCCACCACGCACACCCCCGAGGGGCAGGUCAAGUACCAGAGCGUCUUCAUCAUUUACAUCGCCAUCUCGCACUACCCCUUCUGAGCCAGGCAUUGACCGGGCAGGAGCUGACCACAGCCAUGUCUAAUCACACAGCAGGCAGGUACAGCCAAAUACAGCUGUGCAGAGGUGGCUAAAAUCAAUAUUAGGAUAAAUAAGACUCCUACUGCAUAGCAGCUUCACCCAUUCCAGGUUUUGAGCUUGAUUAGCCACAGUGUAUAGGUAACAGGCUGAGGCGUGUCUUAUUAAACUCAGGUAGUAGAAACCAGGAAUGGAUUUCGCUGCUAGUAAAACCAGGAAUGGAUUUCACUGCUAUGCAAUGGGAGUCUUCUUUCCAUCCCUGUUAUUAAAUGGAAUUUUGUCAUUGGACAGUGGCCAGUGUGCUCUGAGUUUUAUAAUAUCACUUUCACUGCUUCUCUUUAAAGUGCAAUGUGAUUUUUCUACCCGUCUCCCGACACUGCAGGAGUGUUGAAUCAAUUCAUGAAUGUUUUUUUUUAUCUUUUAAUACAUACGUUUUGUACUCUAGUAACAAUAUUUUGUAAUUUCUCUAAUGAGUGCGACUCAUUUAAGUUUUCUGUUUUAUAAUUGUGAUUCCGACAAAAGAAAAUGUAUUUAUAUUUUUGCAUUUGUUUUUUGUUUUUUUUCUUUUUGACAGUGUUUUUUUGCCAAGUUGUUUAAACUUCAAAUUCUUUAAGGGCUAUAAACCAGCUGACGUUUAAGAGUUGAAACUUGAGAAACCACAAUGCCCACUGUAAGAGUGCAAAACAUCCCAUAUGGAAAAUAUAUGUUAUAUGUGUGAUCUGUUUAUACUGCAUGUAAAAGAAUAUAUCUUGAAUAUAUUUUCUCUCCAUUUUGGAUGUUGGAUGUAGUUGGACAUUUUAAGUUUCUAUUGGAAAUGUUCUACACAGACUGAAAAACCACUGGAAUUUGUCACAAAAAAAAAUUAAAACCUGUAAGAUCUAGACCCAG